UGAGGUGUGGAAGAAACACAGGAGCAGCUCUGCCCAGGACACCUCUUGUUUAUCUCUCUAGCUCUAAAAUCACAUGAAGCUGUGGAUGGAGAUUCACCUGAUAGUCCCAGAAACCCCUCCCAGCCCAAGGACCAUGAGUAACCAGACAUUGGUAAUCGAAUUCAUCCUGCAGGGCUUUUCAGAGCACCCAGAAUACCGGGUGCUCUUAUUCAGCUGUUUCCUCUUCCUCUACACUGGAGCCCUCACAGGUAAUGUCCUCAUCAUCUUGGCCAUCGCCUUCAACCCUGGGAUCCACACCCCUAUGUACUUUUACCUGUUCAAUUUGGCUACUAUGGACAUUAUCUGCACCUCUUCCAUCAUGCCCAAGGCGCUGGCGGGUCUGGUGUCGGAGGAGAGCACCAUCUCUUAUGCGGGCUGCAUGGCCCAGCUCUAUUUCCUCACGUGGGCUGCAUCCUCAGAGCUGCUCCUCCUCACAGUCAUGGCCUAUGACCGGUACGCAGCCAUCUGCCACCCGCUGCAUUACAGCAGCAUGAUGGGCAAGGCGUUCUGCAGCGGGCUGGCCGCAGCCGUGUGGCUGCUCUGCGCUGUCAACACAGCCAUCCACAUGGGGCUGAUGCUGCGCUUGGAUUUCUGUGGCCCCAAUGUCAUUACCCAUUUCUUCUGCGAGGUGCCUCCACUGCUGCUUCUCUCCUGCAGCUCCACCUACGUCAACAGUGUCAUGAUUGUCCUGGCAGACGCUUUCUAUGGCAUAGUGAACUUCCUGAUGACCAUCGCGUCCUAUGGCUUCAUCAUCUCCAGCGUCUUGAAGGUGCAGACUGCAGCGGGGAGGCAGAAAGCCUUCUCCACCUGCUCUUCCCACCUCACCGUGGUGUGUAUGUAUUACACCGCUGUCUUCUAUGCCUACAUAAGCCCGGUCUCCGGCUACAGCGCGGGGAAGAGCAAGUUGGCUGACCUGCUGUACACUGUGCUGAGCCCUACCCUCAACCCCCUCAUCUAUACUCUGAGAAACAAGGAGGUCAAAGCAGCCCUCAGGAAGCUUUUCCCUUUCUUCAGAAAUUAACUUACGUCUUCUGAAGUUCUGGUCCUUGGAGACUGAGUUUUAGUGGAGUCUGAUGAGCAAGUUUCUGGACUGGGAGGUAAAUAGACUUGUUUCUUCUACCCCAGCAGAACGUGUGCAUGGAUAAGCUGGGAGUGCUGGUGCCCUGAGACUGGGUGAUGGGGGGAUUGCAGUAGGUGUGACCCACCAGCCUCUGAGACACGGGAUCUCUAGGUCUGACUCCACGGUGGUGACAGUGCUGAGUUGGCAGAGAAACACAGGUCCCUAGGAGGAGAAAAGUGUUCCUUGUGUUUUCAACUCAUAGCCAUAUCAAAUGUUUUCCUUUUGUAUGUACAACACUCAGGGUGUAAAUUCUAAAAUCACACCUAGAAUUCAGGUGUGUGGGUCUAAAAAGUUAGGCAGGACUGUGGACCCCACAGCCCCUGAAGUGUUGUCAGAGUGAAGCAUUGUUUUAAGGUGACCAGCGGCCUCUAGGAAACC